AUGAGUGAAUAUAGAAACGUAUUAUUAAUUGGUCGUACAGGUCAAGGCAAGUCUUCCUUAGCCAAUAUAAUAGUAAAUAAUGAGAAAAACUUCGAAGAAGGGGGAAAUUUUGUUGAAGUUUUUGAAAGGGGUAAAGGAACUCUUAGUCAAACUAGAAAGAUUCAAUCCAAAAAAAUUAGUUUGAAGAUAGAUGUAGGUGGAGAAAUAAAGGAGAUAAAUUAUCAAAUCAUUGACACUGUGGGAAUUGAUGACACAACAUUAAGUAAAAGAGAUGUGUUAAUUGAGAUAGCUAAAGCAUGUAAAAAAGUCAGGAAAGGGAUAAAUCAAAUUUUAUUUGUAUGUGGAGAAUAUUUAACGACAGAGGAAAUUUCUGCUUAUAACAUUAUAAGAAGAGUUCUCUUUGAUGAGAGACUUGAUAAAGACAUUACUAAAUAUAUUACAAUUAUUCGAACAAGAUUUGAUAAUUUUGGUGAUGAAGAUUCAUGUAAGAGUGACAUUCAAUCAUUGAUUGAAAAUGAAAAUAAAGCAAUUGUCGAAAUGAUCCAAUCAUGCAGUGAAAGAGUUGUUCAUAUAGAUAAUCCACCAAUAAAUAUGAAAGGAAAAGGAGAAAUGAUACAAGAACAAAUUAAUCUCAAUAAGAAAAUCUGUAAGUAUGCUAGAAAGAGAGUAAUAGAUCAUUUAGUGACUUGUGAAGAUGUUUACAAGCCGGAGAGCUUGGAUGAGAUAAACGAAAGAAUUGGCCGCUUAUUAAGUGAAAACAAGGAGUUGCAAGAACAACUAGAUGAAUUGCAAGAAAAAUAUAAUAAAAUACAAGAACAAUUAAACAGAUUAAGUGGUACAGACGAAAUAUCAAAGGAAAUAAGUUUUACUCAAGAUGUGUUUAAUGAAAUUGAAAGAAGAAUGGAAGAAUAUGAACUAAAAAAGACAAUGGAUGGAAUAAUGAAGAGAAUAGAUGAAAUAAAAACAUUGAUGCAUGAAAAUAAGGAGUCUAUAGAAAUAGGCCUUUUUGCAGCUAUUGGAAGAGGUUUAGAUAAGCUAACUAAAACGGCGAUAGAAUUAGCAGGAAAAGCAUUAGAAAAUAAUAAAUGUCCAAUUCUUUAA